UGCACUAAAGAUAGGCCCAUUCUGCAGGCCCGCAUCACAUUUGAUAGCCACGUGGGCGAGUUUACCAUUACGCACGCCCACAGCCGUCAAACGAAAAAUCGUCAUAUUCACCGUUCCCGGAUGCACCGGGAUAUCAUAUCACUCCACUCUGUUUCUCCGGCCACCGCGGCCUUUCCCUCUUCAAUCCGAAUCUCUGAUUCUUCCACCUUUUUCCACUUCUCUGUUUCCCUCCGUUUAUUCGUGUUUUCUGGGUUUCUCAAUUUGUCCGUGAAUUGAAUUUCCCCCCUUCUUUCCUUCCUUCCUUCUUGAACAUGACUGAUUGGCAGACAUUACUGCAAUCCAUCUUACUGGCCCUCAUCUUCUCUUACCUCGUCGCGAAGCUCAUUUCCAUCGUCGUCUCCUUCAGAGAUGACAACCUCACGAUUACGCGCAAUCCCUCCCCGGCGGCAGCAUCCAGUCGACCCUACCAGCAACUGAAAUCCCGCGACGAAGUUCGUGGCUCUAGGGAUUUUCCCGCCGGUUCCAACGAGACCGAUUCGGUCGCUGCCGAGCUGGGUAGCAUCAGGAACGAGAGCGUGGCGGGAAUCGGUGACGAGGACGGCGUGGAUACCGAUGACGACGACGACUGGGAAGGCGUGGAGAGCACCGAGUUGGAUGAGACGUUCAGUGCGGCGACGGCAUUUGUUGCGGCGGCUGCUUCCGACCGGCUGUCGCAGAAGGUGCCGGCGGAUGUUCAGUUGCAGCUUUAUGGGCUGUAUAAGAUCGCCACCGAAGGACCUUGCACUGUUCCGCCUCCUUCUGCUCUCAAGAUGACGGCUCGCGCUAAGUGGGGAGCGUGGCAGAAAUUGGGUUCUAUGCCGCCAGAAGAGGCGAUGGAAAAAUACAUUGACAUUGUUUCACAGCUUUAUCCUACUUGGGAUGCUGGUUCAUCUGGGAAAACUAGGGUCAGAGAUCGCGAUGGACGGAGUUCUGAUUCCAAAGGACCCAUGGGACCAGUUUUCAGUACCUUCGUUUAUGAGGAGGAAUCUGGGAAUGAGUUAAAAAUGGAUGCUGUCCACGCAUUCGCCAGAGAAGGAGAUGCAGCUAGUUUGUCGAAAUCUAUUGACCAUGACGUUUCUGUCAACUUGAAAGGUUUGUUUCUGUCCUUGUUUCCUACUUCAUCUUUCGCAUAAUCAGAUUAUACCUAGUGUUACGUUAACAUGGACUUCGAAGUUGUAUCUCUAUUGUUUUAGAAUCUUUAGUCAACUACUAAUCACCAUUGAGUGAGUUGACACUUGACAGUAAUCCCCAAAAUGUUGUUGGAGAAUCGUACCUAAACUGAGCAUGGUGAUCGAUUCAGAUAGCGAAGGGCGGACUCCUCUGCAUUGGGCUGUGGAUCGUGGUCACCUGAAUAUCGUGGAACUCCUCGUUGGACGAAAUGCUGAUGUAAAUGCAAAGGACAGCGAAGGGCAAACUGCACUGCAUUACGCUGUUGUCUGCGAGAGGGAAGGUAUCGCUGAAUUUCUAGUGAAGCGAGAUGCCAACGUAAAUGUAAAGGAUAACGACGGCAAGUCUGCCAGGGAUUUAUGUGAGUUGAAUUGGUCUUGUCUCCAGACAGCAGGAGUCCAAAAGAACGACUAACUAAUGGUAGUUUUAUAGCUAAUCUUUCGUUAUGCAUAUAGAUAGCCUUAGAAACUUUAGACAUGUUAGUGUUGUUGGGAUUUUGAAUGGUUAGAAUGGAAACGAAAUGGGAAAGAUUCAAGAGAAUUUUUUGAAGAACCAUA